GGAAACUUUGCAAACUCUACCUUGCUUUCAUCUUCAACGAACCGCCAGAUCCUCCGACAGCAACCUCACAACUCACCACAGACCGAAGCAUCACGCCAUGGCCGAAGACAAACCUUUCUCAUUCCUCGCGCUACCAGCAGAAUUACGACUCCAAGUCUACGGUCAUUUGCUCACCGAAACCCUGGAAAAUGGCCGUACAACAGACGCCAGCAGUCUCUACUUCACUUCGCGCACCACCCAUUCAGAGAUGAAGCCACUAGUCUCAACCGUCCGUGUGGCUCUCGAUCUCAAGCGUGCUUGGGACUACUCUAGACGGCCCAGAGGUCAGGUCAAGGGCAGAUUGUCUUUCGAAGUACCAUCGACACAUACGUACAUGAAUCCGCUCACCGAGUUCGCCAUCACUGCACCGCGCAAUCGCAAACACAGAACUCCUGUUAAACAGGCCAAGCACGACAUACUGCGUCACACGGAAAACUUGGCAGUUACAGGCCUCCGUCUCCUGCUUUGCCCUUUUGGUUUCGAAGUGCAACGUCGCUAUACCAACAAACAAGUCCUCGCAUCUAGUCAUCUCUUCUUCCGUACCUUCUAUCAGACAUGGGGAGAAGAGUUUCUGGAGAAAGCAAGAGAGAAGAGAUAUCUAGAUAGGCUGAUGUUCCGCAAAGAUUCCCGCGUGCAGGAUAGAUACAUUGUGAACGUUACAUACGGGAAGCAAUACGGGGGCGUGUAUCUUCCUGCAUCUGGGGCUUUUUAUGGUCCGUGGUGCUUUCUUGUCGAGGGACAGACGAAGAGGAUGUGGGGAGUGGAUUUUAGGGGCGGAUUGAAGCUUCCAGGGAAUGAUUACGUGUAUGUAAACUGGUUUUAUAGGGAGUAGUGCUGUUUGAAGGGUGUGUUGAGACUGAAUUUGUGGGGUCAGAUGAGAAUUGCGUACCGACUUUUCGGAGUGUAUAUUGCUAUAUUGCCACGAAUAUGUUAUUGCAUUAUCAUGGUGGCGUG